GUCUCCUCUUGCAGUCUAACUUUAUACCUCACCUGGUAAAAUAGUCGUUCCUGAAAGUUCAGGGGUGCAAUGCGUCAUGAUAUGUGCGUCGUUUUGGUGUUUAUUUGUCUGUCGAUAUUAGUGAAUUCCUUACCAACCAAUAAAGAUUCCAACUUCGCUUCCGAUCAGCUCCUCCAGCACAAAAUCUCCUCCCUAUUCAACUUCUUCUGUGCCCGAAACCCUGACCAACAUGCCGCCAAAGUAUCGACCUUUGACCCCUUAAACUACCUCUCCCUUUACACCAAUCCUGACACGGUGUCCAAGUUUGUCACCGCACUUCAGCAGAAUCUCACCUCGCCCCGAUGGGGCCCUUACCUCUCUGACAAAGAGCGAAUCGACACCAUCCCGAUGUUCGAUAUCCUCUACUUUAUCGACACUUCGACCCCUCAAGGAUUUGACCUAUUUUACAAUACGACCGCCUAUUUCUCUUUGAGGGCGAACGUCCGCCAAUUCAUUAUGGCGAUGGAACUGAUUUCCUCCACGAAGUUUUUUGGGCGGUUAACCCUUCCCCCCUUUUCGACCAGUGUGCCGCAAUUCUUCUCGCCAAAGUCGGUCCUCUGGGGGAUUAAUGAUGUCGUAAAACCGCAUUUGGGAGAGGGGGAGCAUGUUGAGGAAGAUGGCGGGGAUAAAUUGACCGGGGCAGUGGGAAAAGAUCCGACGUAUUGGAAGUUCGAUGCGGGUUAUAGGGAAUUUCAUUUCGCUUGGAACAUGGAUCUUCCCCCAGAUUUGGUGCAGGACAAGUAUCAAAUUCGGUUUGAUAGGAAGGGAGAAUUAUUUCUGUAUUCCCACCACUACAUGGAAGUCAGAUAUUGGGCCGAACUUCGCUCCCAGAAUUUGCCCGAUAUUGAAACCUUAACUUUAAACAAGACUUUUAAAGUUACUCAAGGAUAUUCUCCCUUCUUUCUUAUGGCGGAUUUCUCCGUGUUUCCGGUUCGAGGUCCGGGCGAUUCUUUAACGACGCAGGAUAACUUUCAGAAUUUGACGAUUUGGGAGGACAUCAUUCUGCAAUCUUUAGCCGAUGGGUAUGCCGUUGGGAAAUCUAGAGAACGAUAUCCUUACCAUCAACCUAAUGAAACUGAUGCCUCCGAUAUUGCGGGAACCGACGCAUUUGGCGCGCUUUUCCAAUCAACCACAGCCUCCGUAAAUAUCGACCUGUACGGAAACCUGCAUGAAUCUCUUCACCUGAAUUUGGCACAUUUACGCGAUCCCAGAUUUCCUACAAAGUUGCCCAAAGACGUCAUGGGCGUAAUGGACCAUGCCGAAUCGAGCGUGACUGACUCUGCUUUUUACCAAAUUCACUACUAUGUCGACAAUUUAUACAAGAAGCACAAGUACUACAGUCCCCAAAUACGAAAUGAGCAAAAUAUGGCCUACCCGGGUAUAACUGUUCGUCAGGUAGGGUUGAAUUCAAGCCAGCAUGUAACCCAAUUAAAAACCGAGAAAUUUCCCGUAUUAACCACAUAUUUUGAAUACUACUCUUACAACGUGACCAAUGCUGUCAUCGACUGCCAAAAACUUGAGUCUGGGAAGGAAUACGUGAUUUCGAGAAAGAGGCUGAAUUAUAACAAAUUUGAAUACAAUUUUGACAUAUUUUCCUCUCAUGGAGGAAAUGAGGAUGCAAUCGUUCGUGUUUUUAUGGGGCCGUAUAUCGCUGCGGAUGGAAAGCCGUACCCGAUUGAUGACUUCUACUGGAAUAUGAUCGAAAUGGAUAAGUUUCCUGUGGUGAUCGAGCCAGGAGAGAAUCGUAUCACGCGAGCCAGCAGUGACUCCAGCAUUUUGAAGAAGGACGUCAUCGCACCUGGCGAGCUUAAACGAAAUUGCGGCUGGCCUUCGAACCUCCUCCUUCCCAAAGGAAACCCUGAAGGCCUUCACAUGAAACUAUUCGUAAUCGUGACCCCCGCUAAGGAACGACACGGGGUCAAACUUACGGUCCAGAAUGCCGCAGAAUUUCCCGCCUUUUCCCUCUGUGGUCAUCCAUACAGUUAUCUCCCGGACGAUAAGCCGAUGGGAUUCCCCUUCGAUAAAAGGAUGCAUCUUGACAACCCAUUCGGCAGCGUGGGAAAGAGCAAUUUUAUGUUUUAUGAUGUAACCAUUAAACAUUUAAUUAGUUUGUAAAUAAAUCAUCUUUUAAUUAUUUA